AUCAUUUGCUCAGGAGUAGGUGACUGUCAAGUUAUAAGGAUAAUCAGAAGCCCUGUGGAAAGGCCAAUCUGGAGAGCAACUAGGGCUUCCCACCAACAAACAGCACCAACUUGCAAGUCAUAUAAGUAAAUCAAUUUGGAAGCAGGAAAGCCAUCAGAGAUAUAAAUGUCUGCAGCCUCAACUGACAACUGAUUGCAAUCAAUGAGGCACCAUAAACCAAAUGUGCUCAGUCAAGCCAUCCUUGAAUUACUGAUUCCCAGAAACCAAGAGACCACAUUUAUUGCUUUAAAUCAUUGAGCCUUGGGAUUAUUUAUUAUGAGAAGUAGACAACUAAAACAAAGUUGAAUAGAAUGAUAAAUGUAUAUUGACUUUCAUUCUGAUUAUGAAAGCUAUAAAUUGUAGAAGAAGAGGGGGAAAAUUUCAAAGGGCCAUUAAUCUCCCAGGGUUCUUAAAAUUCAGAUUCAGAAACUGACUUUUGCUUUAUUUUAUGUGCAACAUAAGUUUGAAUUUGUUAAAAUCUAGAGUACUUUUUGGCCUGAGUUUCUGAGCAAGUCUGGAGUCAUUGAGCCCUUGCAACAUACAGGACUUUGAAGCAUAAGCACAAUUUUACUGAGUGGUAUGAAGAAGCAAUGAGACACAAAUGGGAUUGUUGUAGGCAUUUACCUUGUACUGACUGCCUCAUUGAACAAAUCUCCCCUGUGGACUGUCAUUUAAAAGCACAAAUACACUACCUAGAGAAAGGCUGGGUUCUUAUCAGGACACAAAUUUAAAGGCUGUCUGGACUUGGGGAUGGAAAUUAAACGCCUCUUGUUUUUGGUUGCUGCUGCUUGCUUACUGCCUAUGUUGUCCAUGAAAAAGAAAUCAGCUAGAGACCAAUUUAAUAAGCUCGUCACCGACUUGCCAAAUGUACAAGAAGAGAUCAUUAAUAUACACAAUGCCCUCAGGAGAAGAGUAGUUCCACCAGCCAGCAACAUGCUGAAGAUGAGUUGGAGUGAAGAGGCUGCAGAAAAUGCCAGAAUUUUUUCAAAGUAUUGUGAUAUGACAGAGAGCAACCCCCUUGAGAGGAGACUUCCAAAUACCUUUUGUGGAGAAAAUAUGCAUAUGACAUCUUAUCCUGUAUCAUGGUCAAGUGUAAUUGGAGUCUGGUACAGUGAGUCUACAAGUUUCAAACAUGGAGAAUGGACAACAACGGAUGAUGACAUAACUACUGACCACUACACUCAGAUUGUUUGGGCCACAUCUUACCUGAUUGGCUGUGCCAUUGCAUCUUGCCGCCAAAAAGGAUCACCUCGAUAUCUCUACGUUUGUCACUAUUGUCAUGAGGGAAAUGAUCCUGAAACAAAGAAUGAACCUUAUAAGACGGGCGUCCCAUGUGAAGCCUGCCCAAGUAACUGUGAAGACAAACUUUGCACUAACCCCUGCAUCUACUAUGAUGAAUACUUCGACUGUGACAUACAAGUCCAUUAUCUGGGAUGCAACCACUCAACAACUAUCCUAUUCUGUAAAGCCACUUGUCUGUGUGACACUGAGAUAAAAUAG